AUAGUUUAAUAAACAAAACCUCACUUACCUUUUAUCGGGGCAAGUAGUUUAAAUUCAGAAGUAAAAUAUGGACCCUGCACUGUUGCGGGAACGCGAAGCGUUUAGGAAAAAGGCACUUGCGACACCGAGUGUUGAAAAGAAAAAGAAAGAUGAAUCACCAUUUAAAGAUGACAGCAAAAAGAAAUCCAAAUCCACCAGCUCUGUUAGCACUGCACCAAAACUCGAUGCCAAUAAUUACAAAACCAUGGCGGGCAGUUCCUCAUAUCGGUUUGGAGUGCUCGCGCGCAUCGUUAGACACAUGAGGUCGAGGCAUCAAGAAGGGGACGACCAUCCUCUAAGCCUCGAUGACAUACUGGAUGAAACCAACCAGUUGGACGUUGGCAGUAAAAUAAAACAAUGGCUACAGACAGAAGCGUUACAAAACAAUCCAAAAAUAGAAUGCACUAUGGAUGGAAAGUUCAUAUUCAAACCUGUAUAUAAAAUCAAAGAUAAGAAAUCAUUGUUACGGCUACUCAAACAGCAAGACUUGAAAGGUCUAGGAGGGAUAUUUCUAGAAGACGUCCAGGAGUCGUUGCCACACUGCGAGAGAGCGCUCAAGAGCUUAGCACAAGAAAUACUGUAUAUCAUAAGGCCCACCGAUAAAAAGAAAAUAUUGUUCUACAAUGACAGAACUGCCACACUAGAUGUUGAUGACGAAUUUGUGAAAUUAUGGCGCGCCACAGCCGUAGACGCGAUGGAUGACGCGAAAAUAGAAGAGUAUUUAGAGAAACAAGGCAUCAAAUCCAUGCAGGACCACGGCCUGAAGAAACCUGUAGUGCCAAAACGGAAGAAAGUAUCCCAGAAGCGGCGCACAUUCAAGAAACCAAGGGACAACGAGCAUUUGGCAGACGUUCUAGAGACGUACGAGGAUAACUCAUUAAGUCAGAAAGGCAUUAACAUUAAGUGAAAUAAAUUAGUUAAAUCGG